CGUAAUUGUAAAAGCACACGCUAUGACGAAAAAUAUUCAAGAAAUUUUGUCGCCGUUACUGAUUAUCAGUUAUGCAUGCGGUCUGAAAAUAGUUACGUUUCGCGUAGGUGAACUAAAACAAUGGUUCAGUUUUCUGUUGUACGUGGUGUUAGUAUGGGCCGUUUACAAUUUUGUUGUAUUAUAUGCAACAUUUCAUCCAGUCUAUUAUACCAUUGAAUAUCACGUUUGUGUUGGACUACAUUUUCUUACAGCGUUUGUAUCAAUUGCUAUAGGAGUUUAUUACGAUAAGAUAUUUAGAAGUUGUAUAAGGAAACUUACUAUUGUGGACGACACAUUGGAAAAACUUGGAACACCGAAUUAUCACAAGUUAAAAAUGAAAAUACUAUGGUGUACUUUAGGAUUGUCUACGAUGCUCAUUUUGUUUACUGGUUUUGAAAGUUUCAUUUUAAUAAGACAUAAUAAUACGAAUAUUUUAGCAGCUACAGUUAUACCCUUUAUGCGCAGUUAUUGCACUUACAUUAACACUAUUGGUGAUCUAAUAAUUGCGAGUAUUCUUAGAUACAUAGAAUUAAAGUUCGAUCAAACUAACGAAUACCUUACGAAAUUAUCAGAAGGUAACAAACGCAAAAUGAAUAUUACUGGGAAACAUUCUAUGUUACGUCCAUAUAAGUCCCGAUUUUCAAACGCUCCGAGAAACGAAUAUAACAAAAUAUGGAUUGUAAUGCAUCUUCAUUCGGAGUUACGUAAAAUAUCUCGCAAAAUAGACACAAUAUUUGGAAUACAAAUGACUCUUGAAAUGGGAUGUUAUUUCACUCUCAUAGCAGUGCUUUCGAAAGAAAUUUUCCGCAUAAUAUACUAUAAAAAUCAUAUAUCAAGUUUCAAGAUGCUUUAUAUCAUUAUAGUUCUGUUCUGGCUUUUCAUGUAUAUCUUCAGACUUUUUCUCAUUAAUUAUGCAUGUGAGAGAGUCAGCAACAAGGCAAGUGUAACAAGAGAUUUUAUAAACAGAUUUUCACACACUACUUGCAAUUCUGAAAUUCGUGAAAAUAUUUUACAGUUUUUACUGCAAAUAACUCAAUUACCACUUAAAUUCUACGGGCUUGGACUUUUUGAGUUUGGUUUUAAAUUCCUUUAUGGGUUCUUCUCUUCUGUUUUAACCGUAUUAGUGAUAUAUACACAAGCAUAUACGAAUGAUAAAUUAUAAAUAACUUAAAAAUAACUUUUAAAAAUAAUGACAUUUUAAUAAUAAUGCAUAUAAUGCAUAAACAACACGUAAACAACAUUUAAAUAUCUAAUAGACAAAAUAUUCAGUACAUAAUUGAUAAAUAAUUUAUAAAUUUUUUCUAAAUAUUUGGCAAUUGUACACUGUU